AUGAAUUCUUUUAAGCCAGUUAGUGUCAUUCUUCGAAAUGAUUUUAGUCAAAGUGAUGACAGUGGUAUAGAUAAAACUUUUCAAGACUUGUUGAAUGCCUGUCGCUCUGGUGAUCUUGAGAGGGUAGAAAGGGAACUUUUACAGGAUUACAAAUUUAGUAAAGCAGUAGAUGAGAGCCAGUAUUUUGCCAAUAAAUUAGAAACAACCUGGCGUAAUUAUGAGAUUAUAGAAAUUACGGAACCACAAUGGCACCCAACAUGUUUCCGUGGAAUUUUGAGAUAUUUAUAUACAGGCGAAAUAGUCACAAUCGCCAAAGAUUUAGAAAAUAAAAUGAUAUUAUUGAGCCAACAUUUUGAAUUAGAUAAUCUGGCAGAACGGUAUAAAGCAGAUAACCAGAUUUCCAAAAAAGAAGUUCAAGUACUUGAUAAGUUAGAAUCACAAGAACUUCGACAGGAUUUUGAAAAGUUUUUUAAAAAUGUUGUAUUAAGAAGUGCUGAUAUAUCAAAUAAUGAAGAAAUACAAAGAUUUGCGCAAGCGGAUAUUU